AUGAUACCCAUCACCAUCGUCACCGGCUUUUUGGGGUCUGGGAAGACCACGUUGAUCUUGAACUUGAUACAACAACUACCCAAAGACUACAAGCUUGCCCUCCUCAAAAACGAAUACGGUGAUGUAGCCGUCGACUCUCAGCUGGCUUCCUCUCAAGCCAUCUCUGGCGUGCAAGAACUUCUGAACGGCUGCAUAUGCUGCAACCUUGUAGGCCAAUUGUCCGAUGCUCUGGAGCAGCUCUCCAACGAUGUCCAGCCAGACCGUAUCGUCAUCGAGACCUCUGGGUCAGCGUUUCCCGCUACCUUGGCAAUGGAAGUGAACAGAUUGUCGCGAGACACAGGCAAAUAUGUACUUGACGGGGUGAUGAGUGUUAUCGAUGUCGAAAACUGGAAAGGGUACGAGGACACCAGUUACACGGCGAAGAUCCAAGCAAGGUACACAGACUUGAUCGUCCUUAACAAGUGGGAGCUUGUCGACGAGAGGCGGCUAGAAGACGUCGAAGACAGAAUUCUGGAUCUGGACGUAGAUCCUCCAAUCCCCAGGCAGAAGAGCAGCAAAGGCUGGGUAGACAAAAACAUUGUAUUCGGUCUGGAUGCAAAACUAGCAAAGUCUGUCGAACAGCCGAGCGAGAACGGCAACGGCCACGGCCACGGCCACGGCCACGAGCACAACCACGACCACUCAAGCGAGGUGGAGGUGCUCAGCAUCACCCUAUCAAGCAAGAACAGCUCCGACGCAGCCAACGUCGACACAGAAAAACUCGCAAAACUUCUCCAAGACCCCACCAAAGACGAAGUCUACCGCAUCAAAGGCGUACUCUACGCAUCGACGCCUCCACAAUCAUCGGACAAAGACAUCAGCACGCCCACCACCGCCACGGGGCGGGGACGGUACAUUCUAAACUGGGCGUUUGGCCGCUGGACAUUCACACACGUCCCGGAAAUACCGUCCACGAGCGAAGAAAGCGAGCCAGCGCUCCGCUUGACUGUCGUCACAGCGCGAUUCGAGUCGAACAAGUGGAAGAAGCAGAUCGAGGGCAGCGGGCUCAUCGCCCUGCAAGACGGCGCAGAAGCGCUGUUGACGGUGGAGAGGAAGUGA